AUGGUUUCCGGAGAUGGUGGAGCUACUGGCUGGGUGGUGCUGGACAGAUGUGGGCGACACUUUUCCCUGGUACUGAACUUCCUGCGGGACGGGACAGUUCCUUUGCCAGAGAGCACAUUGGAGCUGGAGGAGCUGUUGAAGGAGGCACAGUACUACAGCCUCCAGGGCCUUGUGCAGCACUGCCUCACCAACAUACAGAAACACAGGGAUGUCUGCAGGGGAUGUCACAUUCCUAUGAUCACUUCAUCCAAAGAGGAGCAGAGGAUGAUAGUCACCUGUAGGAAGCCAGUGGUGAAACUGCAGAAUAACAGAGGGAACAAUAAAUACUCCUAUACCAGCAACUCAGAUGAUAACCUCCUGAAGAACAUCGAGCUGUUUGAUAAACUGGGGCUGCGAUUCAAUGGCAGAGUGUUGUUCAUUAAAGACGUGUUGGGAGAUGAGAUAUGCUGCUGGUCUUUCUAUGGCGAGGGACGCAAGAUUGCUGAAGUCUGCUGCACCUCCAUUAUUUAUGCAACUGAGAAGAAACAGACCAAAGUGUGUCAAAGGGAAUUAAAGGAAUAA